AUGCUUCACCUUCUCCUUGGAGUUAACGAUGAUCUUAUGGCUGCUGAGGCGAAAUAUCACAAGAACUGUUAUUCGCUUUAUACUGCUAAGAAAGUCACAGAUGACAAAGGCGAAAGCAGCAACGAAUCGCACCACGAGAACGCUUUCAAGCAGCUGGUGGAAGAACUAAGACCAGGACUGGAGCAGGGUCGGGCGUAUGACAUGGCGUCACUACUGAUCAAAUAUCGGGACUAUCUGUCAGAGAAAGGAGUGCCAGGAGAUGGCUACACGUCACAGCGGUUGAAGGAUCGUCUGAAGAGUUCCUUUGGAGAAGAAAUCACUUUCCACCAACAGCUAGGGAAGGCCAAGCCGGAGCUGAUUUACUCGUCCAAUGUCAAACUGCAAGACGUUAUCAAUGCGUGGGCCAUCGCACAAAGUAAUCAGGUAAAUACCAACAGUAUAACACAAAUAUGGUUUUAUGUAUGCAUAGGUAAUAGCAUGGUAUUUGGGAUAAAUACCACGAGUGAUAUUUCAAAAUUGUUACACAAAUGUGGGACAAUUUUGAAAUAUCACCAGUAGUACUUAGCCUAAAUACCACGAACAACAUAUGCUAUUAUUCGAUUAUAAUAUGUUUCAAUAAAAGCAAUGAUUUUGAAAUACCACUAUUAAGGAUAGAUUCCACUCCUCUUAGCCAAUCAAAUUGCAGAAUUUUCUUGAAUCAUAUUAUAAAUAGCGUUAUCCCACUAAUCGGCCAGGGCUACAAUCUACCAAUAAUACAAAAUCGAAAGCCGUGAGCUUCAAUGUUUGUUAUUGUCGUUAACAUUUUAGGAAGACGACGGAAAUUGUAAGCGAAAUGCAAGUCUUGCAGGAGGUAUAAGGGCCGAGAUGACAACAUGUUCUGGGAUAACAGCAAGACCACUGGAUGUGAAACAAGUUUCUCUAGAGGCUGCCCGACAGGUCGUGCCUGACAGCCUAUACUGGUUGAUUCGCUUUCUGGUAACCGGUGAAGCUGGCAAAACAAAUGGCCCCUUUCAGUGUUCGAACACCUCAAACGAGCGUCAAAUAUGAAGUAUUUGUCAGGACAUAAUCCACUGCUCAACCAAUGGCCGGGUGAAGACUCCAAAGCAUGCGGGAUUAGCCAUUACAGUCCAUCAUUUGACAUCUUCUCGACGUCUAAUAACACUGUUGAAUAAAAUGGGCCACUGCUCCUCCUACGACGAGAUGCAGGCUAUCGACACCAGUGCUGCGCUAGAGGUGCUUGCGAAGGCUAAUGAAUUUGGAACGGUUAUCCCUUCUAACAUCCCUUCUUCAAAUCGCCCCGACAACAACGAUCUGAACGAGGAGACGUUAGAUGGCAAAAAUACGACCCAUGCUACCACAAUGGUGGUAUAUCAGAGAAAGGCAUUUGGUCCCGAUCUGCCCCCAGCGCCACUGGUGGAUCACACCACCAAGCGAAGGUCUUUGCAGUCAACGUCCAGUAUUUAUGACAUACAGGAGUGCUAUGCUCACGGACGAAUGCCCGCGGUAUCUGCAUACGUGAAUCAAGUAGAGAAUAAGUGGUUUGAAGAUGGAAAGGAGUGCUUUAUCGAUGCAAGUCGGAGUGAUGAAGUUUGGCGCUUGAUGCGACUUCAUCCAUCUAGUUUACAGCAAGCCUCAGAGCCCGGCGAUAAUCAACCCGUUCCAGGCUGGAGUGGCUUCAAUGCCAUUCUAUUCCCAGAGAUGGCUUACGAGAGCAACAUUGGAUACUGCCCAAUGAUAGACGGAAACUCAACCGAGUAUAGUACCAUAUACACACUCCUGAAGCAUGCACAGAAGUUAACAUCUGCUCUGGGGCAACAGGACACUGUGGUGACAUUUGACCUUCUCAUUUACAUGAAGGCGAAACAGAUCUAA